GUCAUUUACAGAAAAAUGGAUCAUUUAAGCCUUUGGAGGACUCAGUUAUCACAAUACAUCUAUGCUACCAACUGAAAUUUAUGACAGUAAACUUAUGACAAAUUUCUGCAUUGUAGAACUAUUGAAGAACUAAAAGGAUAUUGCUUCAUAAAAAUAAUCCAAUUGUAUCAUAUUACUAAAUUAAAAAGAACAAUUAUUAAAUUAUUAAGACUUGAUAAUACAAGCACACAUGUGCAGCAGCUACUGUAAACUGAUAGUUAAUCAGACCUCAAAUUUAAAUGAUUUUCCAUUGUUGGAAGUCAUAUUUGUACCCACAAAACUGGGUACUUUCAUUAAAUAUAUUUUUAGCUGUCAUUUAGGUUGACCUUUCUCAAGACAAGUUCUAGAAAGUUUCAAGUUCCACUACAGUAGAUUUGAUGAUAUGGCAGCAACUUACAGACUUGUGGUUAGUACUGUGAACCACUACAGCAGUGUGGUGAUAGAUCGACGUUUUGAGCAAGCUAUACAUUAUUGCACUGGAACCUGCCAUACCUUCACACAUGGAGUUGACUGCAUUGUGGUACAUCACAGUGUUUGUGCAGACCUCUUGCACAUUCCUGUGCCUCAGUUCAAAGAUGCAGAUCUGAAUGCCGUGUUUCUACCCCAUGAAAAUGGACUUUCCUCAGCAGAUGGUGACUAUCCCCAUCAGGUCCUCACAGGCAUACCCAGAGUCAAGAGAACAUCUACAUUUCAGAAUAUUAAUUUAAAGGACAUUGCAGGAGAAGCAAUCAGUUUGGCCAGUGGGAAAAUAAAGGAAUUUUCAUUUGAAAAACUAAAAAACACUAACCAUGUAGCUUACAAAAAGGGAAGGAAAGUUAAGUCUGACUCAUUUAAUAGGAGGUCAGUUGACUUGGACUUGCUCUGUGGCCAUUAUAACAAUGAUGAGACCUCUCCAUCAUUUGGUUUACUCAGGAGCUCUUCAGUUGAGGAAAAAUCUUUGUCUCAUAGAAACUCACUUGAGACAAACUUAACUUCAAUGCUUCUUCAAAACUUCUCUGAAGAAGACCUGGUUACUCAGAUUUUGGAAAAACAUAAAAUAGAUAACUUCUCUUCUGGCACAGAUAUAAAAAUGUGUUUAGAUAUCUUACUGAAAUGCUCUGAGGAUUUGAAAAAAUGCACAGAUAUCAUCAAACAAUGCAUAAAGAAAAAAUCAGGAGGUAGCAUCAGUGAAGGAAGUGGUAAUGAUACAUUUUCUAGUUCUGAAACUGUCUAUAUGAAUGUCAUGACCAGGUUAGCCUCAUAUCUGAAAAAGUUACCAUUUGAAUUCAUGCAGUCUGGAAACAGUGAAUCCAUGGAUUUAACAGAGCUAGUCAGUAAUAUGCCUAGCUUACGGCUGACUCCCUUCUCACCAAUAUAUGGCAGUGAACAGCCCCCUAAAUAUGAAGAUGUUGUCCAGCUAUCAGCUCCUGACUCUGGACAGUUUCAGACUAUUGAAUUCCAAGAUGACAAGCAUAACUCUAGGAAAAUGAACCUUGUAAAAGCCAACCCAAACAACUCUACAAAUUCCUUAUAUAGCUUGGAGUUGAAUAAUCCCAGAACUUUAAAAGCUAUUCAGCUUCAAUCACCAUCAUUAAUCAUAAAUCCUAUGGAGAAUGUUUCUUCUGGAGACUUAAUGGAAACUCUUUAUAUUGAAGAAGAGUCAGAUGGAAAGAAGACAUUAUUUCAUAAAGGACAAACAGAAAAUGGACCAAGUCAUGAGUUGUUAAAGGUAAAUGAACAUAAAGAAUUUUCAGACCAUUGUACUCAUCAUAAAAAUUCUUCUGCCUCAAUACAAAAUGAAAUUGGUAGGAUAUUUGAGAAACCAGUUGCCCAUCUACCUGAAGAAGACCCUAAAUCUAAAGUUCAUAAAGUAGGAAUAGGAGACCAGACAGAUUUUAUUAAUUCCAACAGUCAGGAAGAGAUAGAUAAAUUGUUAAUGGAUUUGGAAUCAUUUUCACAAAAGAUGGAGACCUCUCUAAGAGAGCCACUUGCCAGUGGUAAAAACUCCAGUUCUCUAAAUAGCCACAAUAAUUUGACUGAUCAGCUCCCUGAGCCUAAAUCUAAAGAUUCUUCAUCUGUGGAAAAAGUCUCACCUUCCUGUUUAUCAAGAAUCAUUGAAACCAAUGGACACAAAAUGGAGGAAGAGGAUAGAGCCCUUUUACUGCGAAUUCUGGAGAGUAUUGAAGACUUUGCACAAGAACUAGUUGACUGCAAAUCAGGCAGAGGUAGCCUAUCCCAGGAAAAAGAAAUGAUGCAAAUUCUACAGGAAACUUUGACAACUUCCUCUAAGGCAAAUUUAUCAGUCUGUAAGGGUCCUGUUGGUGAUAAACCCAAAGACACUACCUCAAUGGUUUUGAUUCAGCAGACCCCAGAAGUGAUCAAGAUUCAAAAUAAACCAGAAAAGAAACCUGGAACACCACUUCAAUCUCCAGCCACCUUUUCAAGUAGUCCCCAACCUCAGUCUCCUAUUCCUGCUGUAAAUAAUGUGCCAUUGUCCAUAAACAUUCCACGGUUCUACUUUCCUGAAGGACUCCCAGAUACCUGCAGUAACCAUGAACAGACUCUAAGCAGAAUUGAAACUGCUUUCAUGGAUAUUGAAGAUCAGAAAGCAGAUAUUUAUGAAAUGGGGAAGAUUGCAAAGAUCUGUGGCUGUCCUCUCUAUUGGAAAGCCCCCAUGUUUAGGGCUGCAGGAGGAGAAAAGACAGGAUUUGUGUCAGCACAAUCAUUCAUUGCCAUGUGGAGAAGGUUGCUACAUAACCAUCAUGAUGAUGCUUCUAAGUUCAUCUGUCUUCUGGCAAAACCUGGCUGCAGCGCUCUAGAACAAGAAGAUUUUGUCCCUUUGCUUCAGGAUGUGGUGGAUACACACCCCGGGCUUACGUUCCUGAAAGAUGCUCCAGAAUUCCACUCCCGCUAUAUCACCACGGUUAUCCAGAGAAUAUUCUACACAGUCAACAGAUCUUGGAGUGGAAAAAUUACUUCAACAGAGAUAAGAAAAAGCAACUUUUUGCAAACUCUAGCCCUUCUGGAAGAAGAGGAAGAUAUAAAUCAAAUCACAGAUUACUUCUCUUAUGAACAUUUCUAUGUUAUUUACUGUAAGUUUUGGGAGCUAGACAGUGACCAUGACCUGUACAUCAGCCAAGGUGAUCUCUCUCGGUAUAAUGACCAGGCUUCAUCAAAUAGAAUAAUUGAAAGGAUAUUCUCUGGGGCAGUAACAAGAGGAAAAACAGUGCAGAAAGAGGGAAGAAUGAGCUAUGCAGAUUUUGUUUGGUUUUUAAUAUCUGAGGAAGACAAAAGGAACCCCACCAGCAUUGAGUACUGGUUCCGCUGCAUGGAUGUGGAUGGAGAUGGAGUACUCUCCAUGUAUGAGCUGGAGUACUUCUAUGAGGAGCAGUGUGAACGGAUGGAAGCUAUGGGCAUUGAGCCUUUGCCGUUUCAUGAUCUGCUGUGCCAGAUGCUUGACUUGGUGAAGCCAGCCUGUGAUGGCAAAAUAACUCUGCGAGAUCUGAAGAGGUGCCGAAUGGCUCACAUCUUCUAUGACACUUUCUUUAAUCUGGAAAAAUACUUGGACCAUGAACAGAGAGAUCCCUUUGCAGUCCAGAAGGACGUUGAGAACGAUGGGCCGGAGCCCUCAGACUGGGACAGGUUUGCUGCUGAGGAGUACGAGACUCUUGUCGCAGAGGAAUCUGCCCAAGCACAGUUCCAGGAAGGCUCCUUUGAGGAUUAUGAAAUAGAUGAACCCAACUCUCCCUCUGAACUUGGAAACAAAAGCAAUAAAAUAGUAACCUCAAGCAUUUCAGAGCAAUGUGGAAAGCUUCAAUCAGUGGAUGAAGAAUAGUUGCCAAGGUCAACAUGGAAGACAUAUAUUUUAAUACCUUUCUUAUGAAGAGAUGCCCUAGUUUGGAUACUACUUUUUAAAGGUGUUGAUCUCUCCAAGUAUGUAUCUGUACUAGGAACUUUUAAAUAUUUUUAAGCAAUGGGUCUAAAUACACACUUAAGACUCCAGUUUGCCUCAAAUUCUUGCAGAGCGUUUCCUUCAAGCAUCUAUGACAACAUACCAUCACUUUACAAAGUCUGCACAUGAGCACUAUACCCCUGAAUGUACCUUGGGUCCCUUGGGAACAGUGUCAAGCAGUUCAUCCUCUGCACAGAAGCAGAAGUUGCCUCAGUAUUGGCCAAAAUCCCUGAGGCUCUCAGGGCUCCUAUGGAGCCUGGAAGAAAUGUUCACUUGCAGAAAACUUGAGUCUCAAAAUUCUGGAACCUGAAAACAUAGUCAAGGUCUCCAAAACUGACUUAGUCCUAGUCAUAAAAGCACUGCCAAACAUCUCAGAGACUUCCUUUAAUUAUGUGUACUACAGUUCAAAGAUAGUGAACUUACCUGGUUUAAUGUAAUUUCACAAUGAUCUGCCAAACUGCUAGUCACUUUACAUCCUCAGGUAUUAUUCCCACUGGGCCUUCCAAUUUCACUGGCAAGCUAUAGCAACCUCCCCAUUCUUACUGUGGGUCUUACAUAAAAUCACAAAAACUUAAAUGAAGACAAGUACAAAAAUCUGACUCAUACUUGAAAAAAAUCUUUUAACACUCAAAACUAAUCAUGUAUUAACUUCUGUAUUAUCUGUCUCCCUAUCUUUAUAGCAGAAGGCCUAAAGACUUAAAAGGAAUAGUGACCUAAUAGUAAUUCUUCCUAGUCUUUUCUUCAUUGAAUGUAAACAAUAAAAACCUCCAUCUAAAUAUUCUAUAAUGUUGAAAGAAAAUUAUUAAGGCAGAUAUUUCAUCCACCUCAGUAUUUAUCACAGAAAUGGAAGAAAAUCGUGAUGGUACCCAUGAAAGCAAGUUCUUUCUUACUACAGAGGUAUUAUGAGUUCAUUUCAGAAUCCUGCAUCUUUUCAACAGUCCACAGUGUAUAGCUUGGGGCAGGGGAUGGAAUGAGAGAAACUACUUAAAAGGAUGGAUACUUCUUGAUAUAAGUUUAAAAAAAAAUUCCUCCAAAGCAGUUUAA